AAAUUAGAAAAAUGUUGUUGGCAACAAUAUAAACAAUAUGGCAGUCUGAAUAGGAUCUCAUUUUUAAUAAUACCUUUACCUUUUUAUUUUGAAUUAACUAAGUAAGUAAGAGUAGGUAAGAGAAGAAAUAAGUGGAAUUACCAACAGCGAGGUAUAUUUCAAUUGAAGAAAAAUGCCUAAAGGGAAAAAAAGAGGGAAAGGAAAGGGUAAGGGAAAAGGAAAAGCAAAAGGAAAGUCCAAAGGGAAAGAUCAAAAGACACCAUCAGGAGAUGGAGAAACGAGGAGGCUCCUGAAAGCUUAUGAGAAAAACUGUGUGAUGACUAACUCCCAGAUGUGUCCUGGGAUUAGGAAACUUUUGAGAGCAGCUGCUGAGGAAAAUAAACUUGUCACUAAGUUUAUCUUAGAAACAGUGCCCCUAGUAAAAGAUGGAGACCUUCCAGUGUUGUUUGAGCCAUUGAUUGCAUCGUUGAGGCAGGAGCGGUAUAAACACAUUCAAGACAUUCAUAUAUGGGAUUACCCCAUGUCAUAUGAGAACAUUGCAUCAUUGGCAGGCUUCCUAGAAAAGUCCUUCCACCCUAUGAGGCUAAUUGAGCUGCUAGACUGCCUCAUUGAUGUGGAAACUGUCUCAAGGCUCUCCAGAUCCUUCAAGUUUUGUGAAUUUCUGACAACUAUAGUCUUAGAUUACAACGAAUUUGGUGACAACGGAUGCCAGAGCUUAUGUAAUGGUUUGGUGGACAACAUCUCAGUUCUUUCCCUUAGUCUUUGCUAUUGUGAUUUAAAUAUUCCUAGUGGAAAAUACUUAGGAGAUAUUGUUUCAAAAACAGCAAUCAGAGAGCUGUACCUAGACGGCAAUGAGCUGGAGUGUGAAGGCGCCAUCGACCUGAUCAAAAUGUGUGUCAGUCAAGCAGAACUAGAGGCCUUUGAGAGGGAGGAGGAGGCCAAGAGAGCAGAGGAGGAGAAGCUGAUUGAGAGAGAGAAAGAAAGUAACAAGGAUGACGCUAGUGGUAGAAGUGGUAGUGAAAAAGAUUCCAAUGGCGAAAAAUCAAGAACAGGAAGUGGGAAAAAGAAAAAGAAGAAAGGUAAAGGUAAGAGGAAGAAGAAAAAGAAAGCCCCACCUGCCCCACCCCCUGUUGGCCCCUGGCUCCACAAAUUACAUUUAGCAGACAACGGAAUAGACAGCUACGGAAAUGAUGGCACAUUUGCCCCAAUUAUUUGUAUGAGGUUGUUUAAAAAACUUUUGAUGAAUUCCAAGUGUUUUGUGGAGCUUGACCUAGAAGAUAACUCUAUCGGAGAAAUGGGAGGACGAGAGAUCCUAGAUGGCCUUACAGCUCGAAAAGAAGCCAAGUUGGGCGGAUGCAAGGUCAGAACCACCCACAAAAUGACGUCUGCUACAUUCAACGCCAUUGUCAAACAAGGAGCAGGUUUAAAGAAAAAAGGAAAGAGAAAAGGGAAGAAGAAAGGAAAAAAGAAAAAGAAAUGAAGCUCAAAAAGACUUAAGCUCCCCCUGUGAUUGCCUGUAGUAAUACAGUCAGCCAAAAGUUGUUGGUAGUUAAAAAAUUUAACAAGAUCCAAAAUCUCAUUUGUUUAUUUAUUUCUUCAUGUAAUUAAAAGUAUUUUUUUGUGUUCUCUGAUGUGUUUUAUAAUAAUAAGUGUACCAAUUAUUGUAUAAUUUUAGACUGUGAUAUUUGUGUAUUUUUAAAACUGAAUUUUACAUUAAAAAUUAUCUACUCUGCAUUUAUAGUUGGUUAACUGUUUUAUUUCUAAAAAUCAAACUGCUGAAACUGUUAUAA